AUGGGUGUGGGGGACUAUGUGCACUCCAAGGAAAAUCGCCCGCCCCAGCCUCGCGCAAAUGAGCCAACGAGUCAAUCAAGACAGGCUCUAGCUGAGCAGGCAAGAAUUGAGAUUCCAUCCACAACUUUGGUUGCGCCUGUGCCCAUAUCAGCCAACCGGCAAGGUCCAGUGGAGCGAUAUGGCUCGCCGUCCAAGGAACCCCUGCACGGCCAGAAUGAGAAACGUGUUCACAGAGAUGCGUUUGACACCGACGUCGAGGGGAUUGAUGAAUCAACCAUUGCCGCCACUAGUGUAAUCGGCAUCGAUGAAAUGCCGUAUCGAUUUUCGCCUGCACCGAAUCUUAAUCCAGCUGUCCAGCCGCUGGACGCCCAGCAACGCCAACCACAGACAUCUCCAUCUCCAUCUCCAUCCCCGUCUGCACCGCGUCAGUUUCGCAAUGCCCGCCGUACUCACGACUCUAAGUGGUACGAGGGUCUGGGCGAUAAGGCACUGAAAUCCGCUGGUUUUGACUUGGACGAUGCGGACAAUGCAAGCCAGCUUACUUCUACGGCUGGCGAUGACGAGCUGUCGAAUGAUACAGAUGAUCAGCGCUACGUACCUAGAUACCGUACUACGGAUGAGCCUCUCAGCAGACGCCUCCAGAGCUUCUGGGCUGCUAGCCGGAAUACAUACCAGUCAACUGAUACUGGUCCCCAAGGAGAACCUUUGAAAAACCCGUCUUAUAUUCCCAUAGCAUCUGCCCCAAAGGCUCUUCCUGCCAGUAGCAGAAAGGUCCUGCUCACACGGAGCAUGACCGCAACCCCUAGGACUAGAUUCAGUCCUCCAAAGCCCUCUCUCCUCGAACAGCUCGACCUAACUCCCACCCGACGCAGUCCCGGCCUUACAAGAAGCCACUCACGAAAGGAGCGAGAACGCGAAAAGGAGAUCAGCAGGGCCAUCGACAACCUCCGGGACACAGACGAUGGCCUAGGCCUCUUCACAACAGAGGACACACUCCGCCCUGAGAGUAUGCAGUCGCUCAACGUCUUUGACAUGACAAACUUCGACGACCUCGAAAACGACUCCUCCAUGAACGACCCCUUCUCGCGGCGCGCAUCCAUGAAGCGCGUCGAAAUAGACACAAGUACUCCACAGCAUACCAAAAAGCGCCAGCUGGAACCCGACUACCCGCCCGAAAUCCUCUGCACAAAGUCCUUCGCCGAACUACAGGCGGAACCCUUCGACAAGACACCUACGCCCACUGCCUCCAAACCCGCACCGGCGAAGGAAGCGGACCCUAAGCUCCCGCCUGAGAAGGGCAAGGAUGAAGACAAAAUCUCGUUCCUCCUGCGUCUCUCCGAAGAAGAGCGGGGGCAGUACUUCUCCAAGCUAUCAAUGAAUGAGUGGGAGGAGUGUGGUGAUGUGCUCGUCGAGCAGUUUAGCAAGAUGAUGACGAACAUGAAGGACCUGCGCCAUGCGCGGAGGAAGACCGCGGCUGUAUUCGAGGCUGAGGUUAGGAGGCGAAAUGAGCUUGUUGAGGAGCAGUCUGCUGAGCUUUCUUCGAAGUUUGAGGAGAUGAGGGCGGGUGGCGCUGAGGUUUUGCGUGGCCGUUCGCCUUGA